AGUUUGUGUGGAGGAGAGGGAGGGGGUUGAGGCUGAGGCAGUCACUCACUCCAAGAGGCAAGAUUCCAUUGUAAUGCUGCUGGCCGAGAGCUGCCUUCCUCGAACCAGUUACUGGCUGGAGUUCUGACUGAAUGUGGAAGAACAUGGUGCCUGUGCUUUCCCAGCCGUGCUGCAUCUGGAACUGACUAAGGGGGAUUAUUGCAGACCACCUUUUGGAGUUCAUUGAAGCCUGGGUCCAAGACAGGUUCACGGCAGGGCAGGAGCUUUUAAGCUUUAGGGCUAUUCUUAUUGGCCAAAAGACAGGAAGGAAAAAAGAAAAAGAAAUGAGCGUUCCUAUGCUUAAAAUCGGGGCGGUGCUCAGCACCAUGGCUAUGGUGACCAACUGGAUGUCCCAGACCCUGCCCUCUCUGGUGGGACUUAACGGGACCACCAUCUCCAGAGGAGGAACCUCGGAAAGGAUUGUCAGCGCACUGUACCCGAGUCCAGAGGAAGGCUGGCAGAUCUACAGCUCGGCGCAGGACGCAGAUGGGAAGUGCAUCUGCACCGUGGUCGCACCAGCCCAGAACAUGUGUAGCCGUGACCCGCGCAGCAGGCAGCUCCGCCAACUCAUGGAGAAGGUCCAGAACAUCAGUCAGUCAAUGGAGGUGCUGGACCUGAGGACAUACAGGGACCUACAGUAUAUGAGGAACACGGAGACUCUGAUGAAAGUGGUGGACGAAAAGUUGAAGGUGGCGUCGGAAAAUCACCGUGGUAUGAACCCAAGGGGCUUUCAGGAGUUGAAAGACAAGGUCAGCCAGCUGCUCCCACUGCUGCCUGUGCUGGAACAGUACAAGGCAGACACCAAGAUGAUUCUGCGUUUACGAGAGGAAGUCAGAAAUCUGUCGGUGGUUCUGAUGACCAUCCAGGAGGAGAUGGGAGCCUACGAUUACGAGGAACUGCGACAGAGAGUCUUGCUGCUGGAGACAAGGCUCCACUCCUGCAUGCAGAAACUAGGCUGUGGAAAACUCACUGGGGUCAGUAAUCCCAUCACAGUCCGAGCAUCAGGAUCAAGAUUUGGCUCCUGGAUGACGGAUACUAUGAUCCCCAGCUCUGACAACAGGGUGUGGUCCAUGGAUGGUUACUUCAAGGGUCGUCGAGUCCUGGAAUACAGAACUAUGAACGACUUCGUCAAGGGCCAGAACUUUGUACAACACCUGUUGCCUCAUCCUUGGGCGGGAACUGGCCACGUGGUUUACAACGGCUCACUCUACUACAACAAGUACCAGAGCAACAUCAUCAUCAAGUAUCACUUCCGUUCUCGCAGCGUGCUCGUACAGCGAAGCCUGAGCGGUGCCGGGUACAACAACACCUUCCCCUAUUCAUGGGGCGGAUCUUCAGAUAUUGACCUGAUGGCGGAUGAGAACGGGCUGUGGGCCGUUUACACCACUAUCCCAAACGCCGGGAACAUCGUCAUCAGCCGUCUGGAGCCCCAGAGUCUGGAGGUUCUGCAGACGUGGGACACAGGAUUCCCAAAGCGCAGCGCAGGGGAGUCCUUCAUGAUAUGUGGCACGCUCUACGUCACCAACUCCCACCUGGCCGGGGCUAAAAUCUACUUCGCGUACUACACCAACACGUCGACCUACGAGUACACAGACAUUCCUUUCCACAAUCAGUACUCCCACAUCUCAAUGAUGGACUACAACCCAAGGGAGCGAGUCCUCUACACCUGGAACAACGGACACCAGGUGCUCUAUAACGUCACACUGUUCCAGGUCAUCAAGACUUCUGGAGACUGAGAACUCUCCGAGUGAAACCCUUAAAUAAUACUGUGUUUAUUGUUCCGGGCUGGGGGGUAGAUGCAGUAGUGAUUGGGAAACGGAAGUCUGGGGUUGGGUGGUUAGGAAGGGCAUCGGUGUACGGUACACAAAUAUUGACUUUAAAAAAAAAAAAGAAAAGAAAAGAAAUUUUCAUAGAGUGCUACUGUAUUAAUGACAUCAUUUUAAUCACGCUGACCUACAAGUCGGCAAGGAAUCAAUGACUGACAAAGACACUCCUCUCCCCUUUUUUUCCUGUCUGUGAGUAAGCAUGGUUCUUUACAUUUGUGAUGACAAUAAAUAUCAGUCUUUACCA